AUGUCUUCUAAUAAUAACAACAACAACAACAACAACGAAUCAGGUUUUGAGUACUGGCGAAGAACAUUGCAAUAUAGAACAGGAUUGGGUUUAACAUCUGAACUAAAAGAAUCCUACGAAAAAGACUAUGGUUCAAUCAUUAAUCGUAAAAAUUGUGAAGAAUGUUACAAAUACAGAGACUGGAUGCUGCAAUACUCUCCAACAGUUAUUUUUAUGAUUCAGCAAAUUGAAAAAUUAAGCAGAUCGGAUCCAAAAUACUCUGAAAUAGUACACAAACUGGAGUCCAAUCUAAAUUUAGACAAUUCUGCAUCCACAUCUGACUUGUCCAAGGAAUUGAAUACAGUUGACAAAAAUAUAACAAAUACCAACAUCUUUAACCCAUCCAAACAAAUUAUUUGUGAUAUCUGCCCAGAUAUGACUAAGAGUGGUGGGUUUCAUCCAAUGUUUGGUAUUUUAAUUUGUGCGAAUAGACUAAAGGAUAAAUGGCAUUUAGAAGACACUUUAUCACACGAAUUAGUUCAUUACUAUGAUAAUAUUAAAUUUAAGGUGGAUUGGCUGAAUUUAAAACAUCAUGCAUGCAGUGAAAUUAGAGCUAGUACCUUGAGCGGUGAGUGUAGAUUUAUGCAAGAGUUCUCGCGUAGGAUGGGUGUAAUGAAAAUAUCGAAAGGAUUCCAAGAAUGCGUUAAAAGAAGAGCCAUAUUGAGUGUUAUGGGGAAUCCAAAUUGCAAGAGCAAAGAACACGCCGAGAAAAUUGUCGACGAAGUGUGGGAAAGUUGUUUUAACGAUACAAGACCAUUCGAAACAAUCUAUAGAUAA